UAAACGAAAAAGCAAAAACAGGAGUCGCCGUUUCUCCAAGAAAAAUCCCUAAAAACUUGCUAAAUACUCUCUCCUUCUACACUCAUAACUAAAAAUGGCAACCACUGCUUCUAACGAUCCAGAACUCAACAAGAAUCGACCCGAAGAAGACGAAGAAAACGCACCUGAUGAAGACACCGGAGCUCAAGUCGCUCCGAUCGUCAAGCUCGAAGAAGUCGCCGUCUCCACCGGAGAAGAAGAAGAGGACGCUAUUCUCGAUCUGAAAUCGAAGCUGUACCGAUUUGAUAAGGAUGGGAAUCAGUGGAAGGAGCGGGGAGCGGGGAGUGUGAAGCUGUUGAAGCAUAAAGAAUCUGGCAAGAUUCGUCUUGUUAUGCGCCAAUCUAAGACUCUAAAGAUCUGUGCUAAUCAUCUAGUGCUUCCGUCGAUGACUGUACAAGAGCAUCAUGGGAAUGAGAAAUCUUGCCUAUGGCAUGCUACUGAUUUCGCCGACGGUGAAUUGAAGGAUGAGCUUUUCUGUAUCAGAUUUGCUUCUAUCGAGAAUUGCAAAACCUUCAUGGAGAAAUUCCAAGAGGUGGCUGAGGCUCAGCAAAACAGAGAAGAAAAUACAGAGGCUGAAGAUGCUGCUGGACUACUAGAGAAGCUGAGUGUUGGAGAUGAAAAAACUGAGGAAAAAGUGAAGGAGGUGCCUGUUGAGACAAAAGAGGCCGAGCCUGUUAAAUCAACAGAAGCUGAAGGUGAAAAAACAAAACCCGAGGCAGAAAAGGAAGACCAACCUCCAUCAUCUGCAUAGACAUGAAAAAUUCUCUUGUCUCCGAGGCAGCUUGUUAGCAGGCAUUGCUAACUUGGUUUUGAAUGGGUUCCUGGUCGUGUUUUUUCCCACAAAUUUGCGAUAUCUGCUAUAUGUACACAAAUUUAUUGAUUUUGUUGGAACAGGUGGAUGGUUUUUGGUUCUCAGUUGGUCAGUUUGGGAUCGUAUUCAUAGAUUUUGAUUUUAAAUUAUGUGUCUUGGUAAAAGUCCGGGAAAAUAUAGUUUGGAAGAGUGCGUGUUAUUAAACUUUUAAGUAUUUCCCCUCACUGAAUUAAACUUUUCAUUUAUUGUU